GGUGUUUCUCGACGUAUAUCCGACUUUAGAUUGUAAACACUCACUAAAGGGCUGUUUCGAAUAUCAAAAUGAAAGGAACAAAACUGAGAACUAGAGUUACGUUGCCCAGCAACUCAAAAAACAUAGGGAUACAGACUGAAAGUUUUGAUAGUCUUAUAGAGAUUGCCAAGUUGGAAGAACAAGUAAAAGUAAUGCAACUUGAGAUUAAUAUUUUAAGAAAACAUAUGGGAACCUUGAAAAAGCCUGAUGUUGCAAACCAUAAGACUGUUCCUCUUACUUCAUCGGCAAUGGUCAAACUUAACAUAGAAAAAUCUAGUUGUGGCUGUAAAGGAAAUUGUUCAUCACGGAUUUGUGGUUGCGUAAGGAAGAACAUAAAGUGUAACCUGUCAUGUAAAUGUGGUGAUAAAGCAUGUCAAAAUCAGAACUUCGAUCAAAAUCAAGAAGGUAAAGAAAAUAUUAACGAAAUUGAUGUGACUAAAAAUAAAAACAGGAAGAAAAACGAAACUACAAAAAAACUCAAUAGACAUCUGUUUAGUCCAGAUAUGGGAGAACUCUCCAACGUUUUUGAAGAAAUUCAAUUUAGUGAUAUUGAUUUUAGUUCUAAUAAGAAGAAUACGUUUGCCAUAAACACACAAACAGAUUUACAUAGUAUAGACAAAGUAAAACUCAAGAAAAAAAAGAAGAAAGAAGAAAACAAUAAAGAGCAGCAAGAAUCAAUGGAUGUGCAGAUAACAUUUGAUCCAAUGAAACCGAGACAUCAAUUAUCACGAACACCACCAAAAAAGCUUGAGAAAUCAUUGGAAGUUGACGUUACAAUUCAACCUCAAUUACAUUUUGAACCAACUCGAGAAAUAAUAUCUUCCCAUACAUUGUACCAAGAUUCUAAAGAAGAAAAUAUUAAUUGGAAAGAACACAAUGCACAAUUAAUUCCUUGCAAAAAAUGCAAAAGAACUUUCAUGCCCAAUCGGAUCCAGAAACAUGAAACUUGCUGCAAAGGCUAA